AGUGUUUCUAUAAGCCAUGUUCAUGUCAACACAAAACCAAAGGAAAUCACAAUGCCAGCAGCCCCCUUCAACAUCACCACGAUUUACUUUCUCCCUCUUCUCACUGCAUUUUUCAUUUUUCAGCAAUCCCAUGCAAGACCCAGAGCUCCCAAUUCCUUGGUCCUUGGUUUAACUCAGUCUAGGAACAUCCUUCCAACUCCAAAACUUCCCUUAAAUUCUGUGAGAAAACCAUCAGAAACAUUCGAUAUGUUGGAGCCACUGAGAGAGGUGAGAGAUGGGUAUCUAAUCUCUCUAAAUUUAGGCAAACCCAAACAAGUCAUCCAAGUGUACAUGGAUACUGGGAGUGACCUCACUUGGGUCCCCUGUGGAAAUCUCUCCUUUGAUUGCAUUGACUGUGAUGACUAUAGAAACAAUAAGUUAAUGGCAAGUUUCUCUCCUUCUUACUCUUCUUCAUCCUUUAGAGACUCUUGUGCUAGCCCAUUCUGUAUUAACAUUCAUAGCUCUGACAACUCCUUUGACCCGUGCACUGUGGCUGGAUGCUCUCUAAAUACCCUUCUCAAGGACAUCUGGACCUGUACUAGACCAUGCCCUUCAUUUGCAUAUACCUAUGGUGAAGGGGUUGUUGCCGGGACACUCACUAGGGACACCCUUAUUGUACAUGGCAGCACCCCUAAUAUUACCAGGGAGAUUCCAAAGUUCUGCUUUGGGUGCGUGAGUUCAACUUACAGAGAACCUAUAGGAAUUGCAGGGUUUGGUAAAGGUCCACUUUCUCUCCCUUCACAACUAGGGUUCAUUCAGAAGGGAUUCUCUCACUGCUUUUUGGCCUUCAAAUUUGCAAACAACCCUAAUAUCUCAAGCCCUUUAGUUAUAGGAGACCUUGCAAUUUCUUCCAAAGACCUCUUGCAGUUCACUCCAAUGUUGAAAUGUCCCAUGUACCCUAACUACUACUAUAUCGGCCUAGAAGCUAUAACUGUGGGCAAUAUUAGUGCCACAGAAGUGCCCUUAAGCUUGAGAGAGUUUGAUGCCUUGGGCAAUGGAGGCAUGUUGAUUGAUUCAGGAACAACUUACACUCACCUACCCGAGCCGUUCUAUUCACAACUUCUCUUGGUACUGCAAUCGAUUAUAUCGUACCCUCGAGCCAACGAAGUAGAGGCGCGAACCGGGUUUGAUCUUUGUUAUAGAGUCCCAUGCCCAAACAAUACUUUUGCAGAUGAUGUUCUGCCUUCAAUUACAUUCCAUUUUCUGAACAAUGUGAGUCUUGUUUUGCCUUCUGGUAAUCACUUUUAUGCCAUGAACGCGCCAAAUAAUUCCUCUGUGGUGAAAUGCUUUCUGUUCCAAAGCAUGGAUGGUGCUGAUUAUGGACCAGCUGGGGUGUUUGGGAGCUUCCAACAGCAAAAUGUGGAGGUUGUUUAUGACUUGGAGAAGGAAAGAAUUGGAUUUCAGCCAAUGGACUGUGCCUCUGCUGCAGUUUCCCAAGGGCUUCACAAGACUUAG